AUGUCUAGAAUCGAAGAGCUGCCAUCAUCCGAUUAUGACGACGAUACGUACUCUAGUAAACCAGGAGAUGUAUUUUUGGCCUUUGUGGACGCACCUGUUAAAGAAACUGAUGAAAUCUUAAUUGAAGAUAGUUUUAUUGGCGGUGAACCUAAAUGGCUACAUCCAGAUUCGCUACCACCAGCUGAAUUAUUGAAGUGUGGUGCCUGUAAAUCGAUUGAUAACAUGAAGCUAUUAUUGCAAGCAUUUUCACCUCUAGAUGAUGAACAUAUAAGAGCAAUUCAACAACGGCUUGGCAUUAAUAAUAUGAAUUACAUCAACCCUCAGGACGAUAGAGUUUUGUAUGUUUUCCUCUGUACCAAAUGUCAAAGGAAAAAAAAUUCAGUUCGAUGCAUCAGAGGUGUAAAGAAGAGCAAGAACGUUGAUAGUCUUUCAGAAAAGAUGGCAUCAACUUCCCUGGAAAAAGAUUUCCAAAUUAACCCAUUUGAUUUAGCCAAUAAUCCUGAUUCGACAUCUAAUGCCUUUUCGGGAAACAAUCCAUUUGGGAGUGUGAGUACUAGUCCUUUCGGAACUGAUAGCAUUCAUUCCGGUAUAACGCAAAAGGAAGAAGACGAAUCUGCUAAAGUUUCUUCAAAGGCAGCCAGAAAACUACAUGAAUUACAAAAGGACAAAAAAUACGACGGCAGUAAAUGCUUUAAAGGUUAUUUGUUGUACGUUGAAGAAGAAACUUUUAAAAAUAAAAAGCCAGCUCAUUUGCAGUUACCUAAGAAUCUAAAGAUUGAUAAGGAAGUUUUAGAUUUGACAGGAGAUGAAGAUCUUGAAAAAGACCCAAUUAAGCUGGACCCGAGAACAGAAAAGCUAUCCAAGUUCCUUGAUGAUGAUGUAUUUCAAAAAUUUCAGGAGGUGGUCGGUUAUAACCCACUACAGAUAUUACGUUAUGAUUUGGGUGGAAAACCGCUGUUGUACGCCGAAACAAAGGUUGAUAUCCCAAGUACAGUGCCAAGGCCUGGCUACAACCCAUCAAGUCAAAGAAUUUUUGAGAUGCAGUUAAUGCCAAAAAUGAUUUAUGAUUUGGAAGAGGAAGUAUCUGUUGACAAUGGAAUGGAAUGGGGUACCAUCCUCGUUUUCACUGAUGUUGAAAAUUACGUGCCUGAAUUUGAUGACCACGGUGUCGGAUAUGUAGAGGAUUGCGUUAAGGUCCAAUGGGAAUCGAGAACGUGA